AUUGGUGAAAAUAAACGACGGCUGCCAAAAGAAAAGUCAUCCAUUUCCAUUCGCAUUUCGUUCGCAAAAAUAUUAAAAAUUUUUGCGUCCAUUUUUUUGGUUUAAUAAAAUAAAAUUCUCAUUCGUAUUUAACAAAUCUAAAUUAACAAAAUGGAAGUAGAUGAAGAAGAAUUCGAAGUUCCCUCAUCGAGCAGCAAAGGCGAAAAAAAGCGAUUCGAAGUCAAAAAAUGGAACGCUGUAGCACUCUGGGCAUGGGACAUUGUUGUGGACAAUUGUGCCAUCUGUCGCAACCACAUCAUGGAUCUUUGUAUUGAGUGUCAAGCAAACCAGGCAUCUGCAACCAGCGAAGAGUGCACUGUUGCCUGGGGAGUAUGCAAUCAUGCUUUUCAUUUCCAUUGCAUCUCCAGGUGGCUAAAGACGCGACAGGUAUGCCCUUUGGAUAACAGAGAAUGGGAUUUCCAGAAAUAUGGUCAUUAAGAUGGCAAUACAACGACGAUGUCAUCGCUUAUUAAAAUAACAACAACAAAAAUAAAGUAACUCCUUUUUAGUUUUUUUUUUCCUUGUGUGAAAGCACUCAAAAAUA